GUCUAAAAUCAUGCAAGUCUUCAGAAUCAGUGAACUUCUCUACCCCUAGAGGGUGCUGUCGAUUUUAAUUUCUCUUUUAAACACGACGCCAGGCGCCAUCUUUGUUGUGGUCUGAAAUGACGCAGUCGUUUUUCAGUCCUCUGAUUGGUGGCUUUGUGUCGGUCAAAGGUCGUGUGUAUUUGGCGCUUUUCGCUCACUAGCAGAAUGGCGCGUUUUCGAAGAGGAAACAAAAUGUCAAAGAAACAUAUAAACACCGAGCAGCUCCUAAAAAUGUCUUUGUGAGGUUUCUUCGUUUUUCGUUCAAAUAUUAUGUGUCCUAAUUUAUAAAGUCCUCGGAGUCGCUGUCAUUCUGCGUUAGCUUGUUGUUUCACUGCAAAACUUCAUGAAAACAAACAGCUGUCGGAYUCAACAGUUAAUAUAUUCACUGUUUUUAGUCAGUCAGGGCUGAAUAACAACCUAAAGGACCACAGCCUGAAGUUAUUACACUCUUCGGUUUCUUAAAUUAUGGCUGGUGUUGUGGCUAUGGCUUCUGUCAUCGAGGACUUUGACACACAGCCUUGUAAGAAAUGUCGCAAAGAUGGUGGCAGCUCCGUUGUCAAAACAAUCACAAAUUAUUUCUCUCCCGUGCCGAAACCUGUGCAGAAACCCUUCUCUCCUCCUCGCUCCAACAACAUCAUGAACUACUUCAGCAGGAAGACUCCACCUUCUCAAGAAAAGUCAAGUCCACCGCAAAAAUCUAAAGAAAACUGUUCAAAAUCUCCGCCUGCAGAAAAACAAACCAGCUCUGAAACGGGGAAACGGCUGCCUGAGAAACGAAAAAAGACUAAAGCUGCUAAAAAACUUGUGAGUGAAGCUGUCAGUGUGAUUGAUGAGUCGAGCUGCAUGAUUGUUGAAGAAACGCAUGAAAACAAAAACUCCAGAGCCGAUGCAGUCAGCAGGACUCUAAGCAGCGAUACAGCAGCUCAGUUAUCAAAGUUUAGACUCGUUUCUUCUGAAUCGGAUAUAUCAGACCUCACUGAUGCUAAAUCUGUCAGUGAUGAGCAGAAUGAAGGAGAAUCACCUUCAGACGGAGGCUCUAGAUCUGAAAACAAUGUCAAACAGGAGAUAGUGCCAAACGCUACUGAGUUAUCUCCAACUGUUGCCUCAAAAAAUAAAAUAAAACAGGUUAAAACUGCUGCACGAAAUGCYAAAAAGAGACGACAAAAAGAGACAAAGUGUUGCGAACCAGAGGAGAACGAAGCAGAGCGGUCACUGUGUGAGGUCAACGUGGAUGAGGCCUCUCAGCUAAACAGCAGCACGGUGACAAUCUCCUUUGAGGAUUUUGUGCGGAGUCAGAAAGAGAUGGAAGAGGACAUAAAAGAUGUCAAGGCCAAAUACGAUGUUGGUAAAAACACAACAGAAGCAGAGGAAUCGAACCCUGAGCAGUUAGAUGUCCCCAAACAUACAGACAGUGUAAGUCCAAUGGUCCCAUAUGUUCAGGUCUCACCUCGAACUGUCACCUUCCAGGCUGAGGUUCAUGCAUCCAAACAGGAAGCCGUUAGGGCUGUGGGGAAAGUAGCUUCCAUUUUUACCAAGAAAAAAGGAUCCAGCAGCCCUGCAGAGGUUGUCUCAUCGCCUCACGUAAAGUACGAACACCAAAGUCCAACUUCUCCAAGCGUGAAGCAAAAAUCCAACGUAGUUCUUCAAGAGGAGGAUCUGGAGUUGGCCGUGAUCGAGAGCGAAUCCACGCCGAGGUGCAGCGAAGCGGAGAGGAAGCAGUUCAUGGCUGCCUUCAAACAGCCCAGCCUGGACGGGUCCAAAACCAGAGCUGUGAAAAACCAAGGCAAACAAAAGCAAGGUGAAGAGAAGACCGUGGAGGCUGCAGACAAAACGACCGAAGAUGAUGUGAUUGCUUCUCCCGGUGCCCAGGCCUCUCAGAACAAGGAAACUGAGAAGAAACCUAAAAGAGGAAAAAACAAAGUUAAAGAUGAAAAAGAGGCAGUUGUUUCAUCACCUGCUGGUACAGCUGUGGAAGGAACGGUGACAAUCGCUGGAGACGACAAAAAGGACAGUCCUCUCGUCGCCUCGAGUCCUUCAGUCCCAGCYCUGAGGAGGUCCAGGCGAGAAGCUGUUCUCAGUCAAACACCUGAAACCACCACAGCAWCUCCUGUCCGAAAAACCAGGAGACAAAAUGAGUCGAAGGAGGUGGAGACUGCCGUUUUACCUGAGGACAGUCCUCUAAAACUGUCCACUCCAAAGAYACGCAGGUCCAAACAUGGCAUCUUCGUAGCACAGAUGAUGUACUCACCUAACGCCAAAGGAAGUCCAAUCAGGAUUAAAUUCAGUAGAGUUCAUAAAAAAUCCACAUCUAAGGCUGAAAGUGGAAGUGACAAAACUGCUUUGACAACUAAAACGAUAAAUGAGUCCAAAAAAAGGAARCAGGCAAAGAAGCUGGUGGAAAAAGCCAAAAUGAUUCAGCAAAGCAAGAAGACUUGUGUGGAGAAAGAAACGUUAAGGAGGUCGUCACGAGUCAAGACCUCCGUCAAGAGGAGCUACAGUGAAGACGAGGAUUCUGUUAUCUGUGUGGAGGACCUGACCUCCACUUCUCAUGUCGCACCAGAAAAGAGUAAAACUCAGAAACCUUUACGAAGUCUGAAUGAMGUCCUGGGUAAAGCCAAUCCAGCUGGCAAAGAAACCAAAACUGUCCCAGGCUCCAAAGCGGCCUCGCUGAGUCAGGAGAAGUCCUCUCAGAGGGCGUCCGCUGUGAUUUCCAUCUUCGAUGAGAGCAGCCACGAGGGAUCUGAAAACUCCCAGGAUGACGAGCAGUUCAGGGCACGCAGGGAGUUCUUGAGGAGCGGUUUGCCCGAGUCCUUUAAAAAACAGAUGGCAAAGACCGCUGCCACCAAAGAGGCGUACUCCGUCUCCUCUUCCUCCUUCCAGGCUGUCACACACACAACACAACCACCAGAGGAUUGUCCUCUUUGGACUCUGCUGUGGCCCGAGUCGUCCUCACUGAAACAUCUGAAAGAGAUUUGGAGCCGAACUUUGAACCGACUUCCUUUUGUUAGUGACUCCCUCUGUGUGAAGACAGUACCAGCCUGCAGGAAAGUCUAUGCAAAGGGAUCGGGUUGGAGGCCUAAAUUCUCUGAAAGUAUUCGCCAGCUUCUGAUGGAGGAGUUCAAAACGUCAAACUCUCACUUCCCCGCACAGACAAUCUUCGCUCGCUUCCUGAAGAGACGUGCCGAGYAUCAGCAACAGUUCACAGCUUCUGUCGAGCCAGAAGCUGUGACCAAAGACAAGACCUGCACCCCACAUCCGGCUGAAUCUGCUGGAAGGAAGAGGAAGAGGAGUGAAGAUCAGAGGGAAGGUAUGAUGAAGAUGGCUAAAAAGGAUAAAACAAACCAUUCAGCAGAGAACGCCUCCAAGGCUGAACAGGAGCCACCGAAAAGAGGGAGACGAAGAUCGAGGGUGAAAGAGAAGGAGGAGGAGGGGAUGAAGGAGAAACCCRAACCUGCUCCUGUCUCGUCUGAAGAGGAUUCUGUUAUUGUGCUGGAUGACCCGACUUUGGAGGAGGACAUCAGAAAGAAAGGUGUGAAAGAGGAUUUGUUAUGGACAGACAAAUAUCAGCCUCAGCUCUCCAGUGACAUCAUAGACAACACAGCUGCAGUGAAGAGGCUUCACAGCUGGCUGAAGGAGUGGAAACUUCGCACAGACAGAGAAGAGAGAAAAAAUCAGAAGGAGAAGAAACCAGAAGAAGGCAGCAGUGACUCAGACUGGGACUGUGGAGACAAUGACUGUCAGGACACGGAGGACAUGCUGUGUAACACAGUCCUCAUCACAGGACCCACUGGAGUUGGAAAAACCGCUGCGGUCUAUGCUUGUGCUCAAGAGCUCGGCUUCAAGGUAUUUGAGGUGAAUGCCUCAUCGCAGCGAAGUGGUCGUCUAAUACUCUCUCAGCUGAAGGAAGCUACUCAGUCCCACCAGGUGGACAGUCAGGGGGUCAAUGCCUACAAACCCACCUAUUUUAACAGCUAUGGAGCAAACAGCAGCUCUGCUAAACCUGGAGUUUCUCCAAGAAAGGUUAACUCCCCUCGUAAGGUGGUCUCCUCUCCCAGGAAAACUCCCCAGUCGCCGAGGAGUGCUAAAAAAGGAGGUCUGGCKCCAACCUCUUUAGCUAAGUUCUUUAAACUGGCUCAACCCACCAACAAAGAACCACCUAAAACUACAAAAAAAGAGGAGAAAGCUUCUUCGAAGAAAUCCAUAAAAGGAAAUGAGAAUGGUGAUCAAAGCAGCAACACUAAAGAGAAGACGAGCAAGGAGCUGAACAAGACGGCUACGUCACUUAUCCUGUUUGAAGAAGUGGACGUUAUUUUUGAAGAUGACUCRGGCUUUCUCGCUGCCAUCAAGACCUUCAUGAGCACCACAAAGAGGCCCGUCAUCCUCACUACCAGUGAUCCUGCUUUCAGUGCCAUGUUUGAUGGAAGCUUAGAAGAGAUUCAUUUCAAAACUCCUUCACUUCUGAGCGUGAGCAGCUACCUGCAGCUGCUGUGUUUGGCUGAAGACGUCAGGACGAACCCGGCAGACGUCGGCUCUCUGCUUAGACUCAACGGUUGUGACAUCAGGCAGAGUUUACUGCAGCUGCAGUUCUGGAGUCGGAGCUCAACAAGGCCGCACACUGGAUGGAAUGCUGAUUUGAAGGCAGAGCCUGAAGGAGCAGCUGACAGCUCGUCCAUCUUACCUCCCUGUGACACCGGCUGCACUGAGAGCAAACUGGGCCUGCUGAAUGUUGAUCCUGAUCGAGACAUUUGGGAGCUGCUCAGGAGCCAGAGUUUGAUGGAGGAGCUGAUUUGUUGGGAACUUCUGACAGACAGCUGGCGGCGAGGAGUUGAUCUUCUCUACUCCAACAUGGAGACCCUCCUACCUCUUCCUCGCACAAAACUGACUACCUCCAAACUCUCUAAACCCGAGCGCCAGCGACCCGUCGACCYGUCUCAGCAGCCGGCUGAUUGUUCAGACGACGGCAGUCCAGUCAAAGUGUCCAACAGAAUGAAGAUGAAUAAAAAACGACGCGGCCUCGCUGAACGGGACGGACUGCUCUCUGACUCAGACUCAGAAGAUGGAUUUCUCUCUCUCUGCAAACCGCAGAGCCAUCCUGAAAAAGAGGAAGUUAAAGCGAGCGUUGUUUCUGAAACAAUAAAAAGGAGGCAGCUGACAGUAGAGGAGAGAAGAAAGAGUCUACCCGUCUCUCAUUGUCUUGAAUCGUUAGCAGACUUUUGGGACAACAUGUCCUACGUGGACUCAUGGCUGCGUUCUCGCACAGACGUUCACAGAGGAGCGCCACCGGUCAGCGCCGUCAUCAAAGACGGGAUGUCGGACGAGCUGAGGGUAGAGACUGGCAGAGGGAGCUGGUGGACGGGAGGCCGUGUUUUGGAGGUCCAGGCAGCUGUGGAGGCUCUGAGCUUCCAGAAGUGCCGCGCCUCGGUGACGGAAGCCUGGGAUAAAGUGCAACAACUGAAGGGGGAGCUGGGAAAGGAGGCCGCGGCAGAGCUGACGCUUCCUGUAGCUGCACACCGGGAAGGCUACAGCUUCACUCAGGAGGCUCUCUGCCGUCCAGAGCUCAUCCAGCGGAGAAAAGAAGCGGCGGAGAGUCUGACGUUUCAAGUGUUCGGCACUCUUGGCAACAGACGGGCGUUGGCUCUGGACUACUUUCCCACCAUGCGGACCAUCUGCAGGUCGGAGCAGCUUAAGGAGCAAGGAAAAGUAAAGCGAAGGUUCCUGCACUAUCUAGAUGCAAUCCACUUGGGUCUGGAGAAGAACACCCUGCAGCUGCUUGCUGAAGACUUUCCCUGAUCCACUAAUGUUUUCAUAUAACACACGCAGACGUCAUCAAUACCUCAGACGUUUUCUUACUUUGGCUUUUAGUAGGAACACAAAGCAUGCUGAGAGCUGAGUUGUAGGAAAUUUGUUUCCUACAUUUUUGACUGAACAUCAGCCUAAAGUUUAUUGAACUUAUUUUACCAGGAAAAACAUCUGUAAAUACAGAAAAUCUCUGAAAUAAAAGCACACGGCUAAGUAACUUUGCAUAUCUUGAGAUGUUUUGGUGCUUUGAAGGGUUUGUAUGAAUUUAAAACCUAUGUCUGGUGGGAUUAUUGUUGUUUUUUGCAGURCUGUUUUUUGUAGCUUCAUCUGUCAGUGCUUUGCACUUUUUUAAACAGUCUUUUGUAAUUGUAAGAAUGUAACAUGUAAAAUAGAUUUUUCUUCUGUAUCUGUGUGUAAAUUUUCACUUAGGGUCUUGAUUCUUGAAGUUGGUAGGAGCAGUUGUCUGAAUUACAAAUUUAUUUGUGAUAUUUUUUUCCUCAAUAUGUAUACUUUAUGUACAGUUGGUUGUUCUUUUAAACAAAUAAAGUAGUAACCCAACUAGGUCA